UUUAAAAUUAUCUCCAAUUGAAAUCAUAUGUUUUUGAGAUAUUUUAUAAACCUAAGUGGUUUCAUUUUAGUUUCAUUAGUGCCAAUAUUGAACAGUUGGUAUAAUUUCUGCCAGCAAUGUUAUCUUGAAAUUGUUGAUUGAAGCAUCAUGGAUAGGAGAAGUGAACUAGAAAACCUGGUUUCAACCCAGAAAGACACAAUUGCUCGUUAUGAAAAAAGGUUAAAAGAUGUAGUGACAGCAUAUAAAGGAUUGUUAAAGGAGAAAGAAGCGCUUGAAGCAAGCUUAGCUGCCAUUACAACUAAAUCUAACCAAGAUGUGCAACUUCCAUUGUCUGUUGAAGCUACUUCUGCUAAUGCAAGUCAAGAAAGCUUGUCAAAAUCAAUCUCUACAUCAAAAGAAAAAGAAAAUCUUAAUUCCUCCGAUUUGCAAACGCAGAUUAUAACACUUAUGAAUUCCUUAGCCACUUUAUCUGCUGAGAAAUCUCGUAUGGAAGCUUCAUUUCAAGGUGAUAAAAAGCAAUUACGGGGACAAUUAAUGCAAAAAGAUGAGGUUAUUGACGAAUUAAACUUAAAAAUUAAGCACAAUGAAAAUCAGUCCAACAUAGCCUUGGAGGAGGUGAAAGCCAAAUGGGUUAAAGAACGUCAAGAUCGUGAACGUGAAACUAAUAAUCAAAUGUUAAUGAUUAGAGAACUGCAAAAAUUGUAUGGUGACGAAAGACAUUUAAAAGAAAAUAUUGAGAUGCAGUUAAAUAACUUUAAAACUCAAUUUGCUAGUAAUGAUGCAGGAAAUAAUCAAUGGCGAGACCUACAAGCACAGUUAAAGGAAGCUAAAGCACAGAUUAAACAAUUACAAGCUUAUAACAAGAAGUAUGGAUUGGACGAUGCUAUGGACAGUAGUGUCGUAUUAAAGCAAGUUCAACUGGAAAUGCAACAAUUAAAGGAACAACAUGCAAUAGCUAUAAAAAAUGAACAGAAAAGAGCAUUAGUUGCUGAGGAACAAAGCAAAAAACAAGUAGCUUUGCAUGAAGUACGCGUAGCUAAUCUUGAAGCACGUCUUGCUGAACUAAGCAGCAGUGUUGGCAGUUAUGAUCGCUUACGCCAACAAGACCAGGAAAACAUACACUCCUUAAAAAAAAAAUUACAAGAACUAGAAAGAUUGAGUGAAAAUUAUGAUUCAGACUCUGUUGUUGCCUUAAAAAAAAGUUCCUCACUGCAAGAUACGUCUGGCAUUGUUGACGAAAUUAUACGUCUUAAAAAAAUAUUGUUAAAUGAAAAUGUGCACUCAAAUAAUUCAAUUGAUUUAAGCAAUAUAUUUGCUGUUAACACGGAUCACAGCCAAUGCAAAGAAGAUUUACACCGCAUACAUCAACAGUAUGACACAGCUAAGAUUGAUAUAUUACGUCUUGAAGAAAAAUUGCAAGUACAAAAAUCACAUAUCGCUACAUUGCAAGAAAAAGUUAAAGUUCUAAACCGAAAUAUUGAUGAACAGGAAACUGAAAUAAAGUUACACAGCGAAAAAUUACGUCAGGCAGUAAAGGUGGAACGUCUCAAGGGAAAGGAUGCGCUAACAGAAUUAGAAAAUGAAUACCGUUGUAAAGUUAACGAUUUGGAACAGCAAUUACAAAAGCAACGUGAGCGCUCCCUACAGUUGCUUGAUGAAAAAGAGCAUGAAAUUAAAACAUUACAAACUUCGUUUGAAAUAUUCCAACCUUCAAUGCCCACUGUGCAACUAAAUAAAGCAUGCACAGAAACUAGCGUGGUGUCAUCUGAUGCUGAAAGCGUUGAGGGACCAACUGCGCUGAAGCCAAAAACGGGUUUAAAGUCAAAGAAACUAUCAGUUGGUGAAAAUUGUCAUAUGCUUCAUUAUGCCAAUGAAAUAGCACGGAAAGAUAUUGAAAUAACUGGUCUACGUAAGUCAAAGUAUGCAGCCGAAACCGCACUACGUAAAGUAAUUCAUGAAAAAGUAACAGCUCAAGAAGAGUUAAGUGAUCAAAUUUCUAAUCUGGAAGAACAAGUUGAUAGACUGGAGCGCUGUAAAACUCGUGAAGGAGCAAAUUUAGAGUAUUUAAAAAAUGUUAUUAUUAGUUUUAUGGUUUCCAAAGAUGCAGAUGGAAAACGUCACAUGAUGAAUGCUAUAAGCGCAGUACUACAGUUUACACCAACUGAAAUACAAACAAUUAACUGUGCUCUUUACAAAAAAUGAAACUCAAUAUAUUCAAAUAUAGUUCCAGGAUACGGAACUAAGAUUAAACACCAGUUAUAUUUAAAAUAUCGAUCUAUAGAAUUAAUAACCUUAUUAAGUAAAUUUACUUACUCCAGAAACAAUGUAAAUAUGCAGUUUAACCAAAAUAUUCUUUCGACCCUAUACUUUUAAGCAAUUUAAUUCAUACGAUCUUUAUAUUUUAAACAAAAUGUAUUUUCGACAAUUGCGGAAAAGAUAAUCGUUAUAAUAACCUAUUUUUAAAUAUCUUCUUGUUGACCCAAUGUUGUUUAAAUGUUGUUACUAGGGUCAACAUCUUCUAUGCAUCCAUCUUUCCUCCAACCAAAUACCUCAUCCUUUCACAUUAACUUAUUUUUCAGAUUACAUUGGACUAAUAUAACAAUAACACCUUUAACGAUAUCUAGAGAAAUAAAUGAUUGCUCAAAAAAUAGGACAACGAGAUUGUUCGAGUUUAUUUUCAAAAAUAUAAUUGUAAUUUUUUUUAAAAUGUAUUAAGUCUAAAAACAAUUAAAUCACAACUCGUUUUAUAAGUCCCGUUUAAAAUGACAUCGAGUUGAAGCCACUGACCUAA